CCACCUUGGGGCAGGUGAGCGGCGGCCAAUGGGCGAGCGCCGGGCAGGUGCCCGCUAACUCGCGCCUAGCAGCGCGGCUGCCGAGGCCUGACGGGGCAGUGCUGGGAGGAUCGCGGGCGGGGGUCGGUCCUGGCGUGACUUGGAAGGGAGGGAGCCGGGCACAAGCCUCCGGUCGUAGAGGCAGCUCAUAGUGGCGCACGCAGACCGCGUUAGCGCCAGUGCCUGAGCCAGAAACUGCCCGCUUGGCCAGAGGGGCCGAAGCUCCAGGCUGCGCGCGGUGGCCGGACUCUGUGCUAGCUCGCUCGCACACCCCUCGCCGCUCCGCUCCUGGCUCGCCGGCGGGGGCCGAGCCCAGGCAGGCGGGCGGGGGAGGUGAGGGGUGCGGGUGUAUGUGCAUGUGCCUGGCUGGGUGCACACCCCGCAAGGCGGCAGCGCCAGGACACGGAGCGCUCCCCAGAGCCCCGCUGCCUCUCACGGCUUCGGCGGCCGCGACCAUGUUCCAGCCCGCGGCUAAGCGGGGUUUUACCAUAGAAUCCUUGGUGGCCAAGGACGGUGGCACCGGCGGGAGCACUGGAGGCGGGGGCGCGGGCUCCCAUCCCCUGGCGACGGCCGCUUCAGAGGAACCACUCCGGCCCACAGCGCUCAACUACCCUCACCCCAGCGCGGCCGAGGCGGCCUUCGUGAGCGGCUUCCCCGCCGCAGCCGCCGCGGGCGCCGGUCGCUCGCUCUACGGAGGGCCGGAGCUCGUGUUUCCCGAGGCCAUGAACCACCCCGCGCUGACCGUGCACCCAGCGCACCAGCUGGGCGCCUCCCCGUUGCAGCCCCCGCACUCCUUCUUCGGCGCCCAGCACCGGGACCCUCUCCACUUCUACCCCUGGGUCCUGCGGAACCGCUUCUUCGGCCACCGCUUCCAGGCGAGCGACGUGCCCCAGGAUGGGCUGCUUCUGCACGGCCCCUUCGCGCGCAAGCCCAAGCGGAUCCGCACGGCCUUCUCGCCCUCGCAGCUGCUGCGGCUGGAGCGCGCCUUCGAGAAGAACCACUACGUGGUGGGCGCCGAGCGGAAGCAGCUGGCCGGCAGCCUCAGCCUCUCCGAGACGCAGGUGAGGAUCCUGAGAUAGAGAGAUGGACUGUGCAGAGCCCUACAGUCAGGCAGGUGCAAUUUCAAAUACCCACCUCCAUAUUAACUGUGUGACCCUAGACAAAUUACUCAAUCUCUCUGAGUUCUUGUUUCUUCGCCCAGAAAAUAGAUGUUCAAUGAUUAAAUAUGCCUAAUAUGAACUCAGAUAAUAUUAAUUCCUAUUCCCAAUCCCUUUUCUUUUCUUCAUUUAAAGGAAUGUGUCAAGUUAGUGACAUAAGAUGCAAACCUAGGUGUCUUCUAGGCCAGUGUUCUCCUGCCACAUCCAGUCUCUAACAUCAGAGUUGUCUUUCUGUUGUCUCCUAACUCAUCACUUGGACCUAAGCUGUAUAAUUGUCUGUCUACCUCUCUGUGUGUACCCUACAGGCUUACCUGUCCUUUUCAGCCAUCAGCUAUUUGUCAAGCAUCAGCUCUGUUCUGUGCAUCUCUGUCCAUAUCUACAACUGUUACUCACAAUUCUCUAGUUUGUCCCUCCUAGAUAGCUAUUUUAUAACCAGCCAUCUAGACUUGUCUGCUUUCAUUAAACCCCCUGCCAAAUUGGUUAAUUUAUAUUUCCUGUUUUCUAUUAAUUACAUGUUCUUCUUCCUAAUAAUAACUGCUAUUUACCCGAUUCUUAGUUAUCUCUUUAUCAUCUAGUUUGUUAUAUUUUCUGUGUGUCCACCAUCCAUCUCAAACAUCACCUCUACAGAGCAAUUAGCAACUGUGGGUAUAUUCAGAUGUCUGCUAAUGGCUCUCUGUCAUCUUGUUGACUCUGGCUUUGUCUUCUCUUUGGUCCUCAGCUCCUAUAUCUGUGAGAUGGAAUGAAAUGAAUUCCAGGGUUCUCUCCAGCCUGGAGUUUCUGUGGAUUAUCUAUAUUCUACUUCUCUGUGUUUCUGUAUAAUCCCUCCUCUAUGUUCUCAGAGACCACAGUAUAUCCUUUAUAUGUAUAUCCCAUCCUAAUAUGUAUCAAAUCUUGUUGUUAUUACUUGUUUAAUUAUCUCUCAUGUGCAAAUAUCAAUCUGUAAAUGUUUUAUCCAUCUCUCUGGGAAAUCUUAAAAUACAUACUCCUGGGCCUCCCCCAGCAUAGGCUCUAAAGAAUUCCAGAAUUGGGGGAAAAAAUUAAGCAGCUCUCUGGAUGAUUUUGAUUAACAAUAGACCUGGGCAUCUCAGCUAUGGGAAGUAGAAGCCAAUCCUGUCUUAUUUCUCAGGGGAGCCCUGUUUAGUGCCCUGCAUGAAGUAACUGCUCAGUAAAUAUGCAUUAAAUGAAUGGGAAGUUUUAAAGAUUUUUUUUUCAUUCCACACAAAUAUGAACACUAACUUUCUUAGUUAUUCCCCUUGCUGUCUGCUGUCACAGCUCCCUCCCUGUCCCUCUCCUAUCUCUCCCUUGCAUUUUUAUAGAUGAUUUUUGAUUUAGAUGAUGCAAACACCAGUUCAUGGAUAAAACUUUUGGGAGGGUUAAACAGUUUGGUGUGUGUGGAGCUUUGCACUCACAGAACUUUAGCAUGAGGAACCAAGAGGUGAGCAGUCUGUGCUAUUUUGUUGGUGUAGGCACACCCUUUAGUCAGAGGUCGGGGAUUUGUGCCGGGAUGGUCACUGGGUCAACCCAAGAGGUAGAAGAAAGGGCCUUGGGCAAGAGCCAGUUCUCCCUUCUGUCUCUAAUUAGCUGCUCCUUACUGCUAUGGUGCAGGGCUGGAGCGUGUCCAGGAAGGCACGCAUCUAAGCUUCAGUCCCAGUGGCUGGUUGGGCAGGCUCAGGCCUGUGUCACAUCAGAGCCUGAGUGUGAUAAGUGUGUGUGGUGUAUAUGAGUAACAGAUGUGUGCCCACAAUGUGAUCGAUGCCCAAAGGUCAGGUGGUAUAGGUACUCAUCACAUGCGAGUAGGCAGUCACAUGAUAUCAUGCUGCUUGCAUGCUGCUGUGUAUGUGCUCGUGUAUAUGUGUGUGUGUGUGUGUGUGUGUGUGUGUGUGUGUGUUGCAGGGUACAUUAAUUUUAGGGGAAAUGAAUGAGCAGGUUGCUGCCGCUCCUUCUGCUCUGACAGAUAAGUGUCUCUUGACCUUGUCUGCCUUUGCCUUUAGCUGAGCUGUGAGGGAGAAGGGUACGGAAAUGUGAUCUUGGUUUUAGAGAGUCCUCAUUUAGUGGUGGAGGCUAAAUGGAAAGUGUGGACACUUACAGGAUGUGCACAGGAUGAGUGACUGAAGUCCCUUUGAGGCCACAGCUGCGGGCUGAGAGGGUGAUCAAGAAAGACCUGAAUGGGCAGACGGCUCCCAGGGAGCCUCCAAUCUGGAAGGCCUGGAGAGAGGCAUAGGAUUCUAUGUUGGAGGGAAGGAUGGGGAAGGGGGCUUAGGUGGGCAGAUUAAGAAGGAGAAGGAGCUGUCAGGUCCAGAUGUCAUCUUGGAGCCAGAGAGCAAGGAGAGAGGUCUUGGGGGGCAGGAGUACGUGGUCAUCUAUCCCUGACUCUAGAGACGGUUCUUUCCCUACAGACAUGGCAAGGUGGCUCUGGGGGUCUCUUUCUGCUCUGGCAUGCUCUGCCUUUUGGAGGAUGGAUGAGGGGAGACACCCAAGUGACGUGAAUUUUAGGAAAAGUCAAGAGACCUUUGUUGCUCGCCCUCUGAGUUCUGGGAUGACGCAUCCCUUCUCUAAGCCUUGGCUCUUCUCCAAGAAUCUUUGCAUCUCUGAUGUUUUAGGAGUCCUGGGUGGUGGGGUGAGAUGGGGGAAGGGAGAUUGGUGUGAUUCUGUGAGGAGCUGGGACAGGAGACAUGGAGGCAGGUGAAUUUUGCAAUGUCUAUCUAAGAGAGUGGGGGUGAGGGUCCAGGGUAGGCUGAGAGGAGGAGAUAAGAAAGCUUAGGAGGAGUUAGGGCUGAGGUUGGUGGGGAGUUGGAGGUGAGCUGAGGUGUCUGGGGUGGGGAUUGAGCUUCACAUGGCAUUGGCUUGACUCUAGGAGAGGAAACACUGAUAUGAUCAAAUGAGAGGAAGUGGAUCCCGGGGACACGGCAGAGAGAAGAGCAGGCUGAGGGGUGACUUGAUUGAUGGUUUUAAGCUGCUAUCUAUUCUGAGGACUUUCUGUGUGUCUGAGAGUGACAGAAUAAGAAGACAUGCUUAAAUUAAAGCAGAAGAGACAACAAGAGAACAUAAGGAGGAACUUCCUAUGUCAGAAUUACAAGAUCUUGAUUAGGAUAUUUGAACUUCUUGAAAGGACAGGUAUUCCCCUGAAAAUAGGCGGGGACCUGGUACCACGGACCUUCGUAUUCGCCACAGGAUAAGGUUGGGGGAGCAGAGGAAAAGGAGGGGUCUAGACCUCCCUCUUUCAAUACAGGACAUUAUGCAAAAAAUGAAGCUCUGAAACAUUGGCUGGGGCUAUAAUUUGCUUGUUUUCUGUUCAUUUGUCUCAUCUUUCACGUAUUAGUACACAUGCUUCAUUUCUAAUGCAUACAUGGACCAGUCCCCUAUUGAACUGAUAUGUUCAUUUAUCCACAGGAAUUUCAGCUCCUUGAUCCUGUCUGACUCAGGCCUGAGCCUUGUCCCUCUGAAAAAAAAAAAUGGGUCUCCCUCCCCCCAACUCCCCCCUGGAAGCAGUAAGUCCAGUUUUCCAUAUGGAAAAUUAGGAACCAAAUCUCUUAUUAAAGUAUCCAUGAACCUAAACCAAUGGGGAUCCCAUCUCUCCAGCACGCAGCACUUCCCAAACGCCUUUUCUGAUUAGACUUGAAUCUUUUUUCUAUUGAUGUUCUAUUUUCCAGGUCUGGCCCUGGGACCUCUUGCCUGGAGCCCUGGACGAGGUGGCACCUCACCUCAGUCCAGCUGGAUAGCCACACAUGGAACAGGUCUUUGGGUGGGGCCAGCUAAUAGACUGCUUGGUUCUCCAGAUUCCCAUAGACUGGUGAGAAGAUGGAGAUGUGAAUGAGUAGAGGAGUAGGCAGCUGGAGGUCUCUGUUACUGAGACAGUGGAAAAGCACCAAGAGGGAGCAGGUCCUGUGUAGGACCAUCUGAGUGGCAUCCUGAAGGUCAAGUGAGAGUAUGCCAGGUCUGGUAACUCAGGCAAAAGUGGAAAGUCUUAGAAGGAUCUGGCUUCACUAAGAAACAGAGAGCCACUCGAUGAAGGGAGAGAUUUGGGAGACCACAGACCCCGCCCCCCCAACCCAGAAACAUCACAUUGAGCAAGAGAAUCGUCAUUCUUUAUUUUUCCCUCAGUUCAAGGGAUUGAACCUAGGGAUGCUCAAUCGCUGAGCCACAUCCCCGGCCUUUUUUUUGUAUUUUCAUUUGAGA